GUCUCGCCCUACGCGACCUGCUCGCCUCGCGGCCCCAUCCUGGGGAUGUUGAGCUCACGGAUUCCCGCGCCCGCCUUCAUACCUAUGGUACCAAAAAUCGGCAUGGGCAAGCCAGCUAUCACCAAAAGGAAGUUCUCCCCGGGAAGACCUCGAGUGAGACAGGGCAUGUGGGCGACAAAUCCCGCGACUUCCCCGUCAUGGUCUACGGACAGUUAUGAAUUUCGGGAGAGCUUGGUAAAAUACAAGCAACCUCACAGCACCAUUUGGAGCAUCAAAGUGGGUCGCGGUGCUGGCUUUCCCGGCAAGAAGAGGCCUCGUGGUGCAGGACACCCCGGUCGGGGAGGCAAGGGCAGGUCCAAACUGAAAAAUGGCCUUGGUGCGCUCCUGACUCCAGGAGCCACUUCCAUGGAAAUGGUUGCAACUAAGGACGAGGAUGAAAACACAAUGCACAAUACCGUGGUCUUGUUCUCUACCAAUGACAAAUUCACUUUAAAACAGGACAUGUGCGUGGUUUGCGGGAGCUUUGGGAAAGGAUCAGAGGGACGGCUACUCGCUUGCUCACAAUGUGGCCAGUGUUACCACCCAUACUGUGUGAGCAUUAAGAUCACCAAGGUGGUGCUGAGCAAGGGAUGGCGGUGUCUGGAAUGCACGGUUUGUGAGUCCUGCGGGAAGGCCUCUGACCCCGGGCGACUUCUCCUGUGUGACGAUUGUGACAUCAGCUACCACACUUAUUGCCUGGACCCACCUCUGCAGACGGUCCCUAAAGGUGGCUGGAAGUGCAAAUGGUGUGUCUGCUGCCUGCAGUGUGGGUCAACCUUGCCUGGAUUCAAGUGUGAAUGGCAGAACAAUUAUGCACAGUGUUCGCCUUGUGCAAGUCUGGCCACCUGCCCGGUCUGUGGCAAGAACUACAGGGAGGAGGAGAUUAUCAUCCAGUGCAGACAGUGUGACAGGUGGAUGCACGCUUCUUGUCAGAGCCUGACCACAGAGGAUGAAGUGGAGGCGGCAGCGGAUAGUGGCUUUGAUUGUUUCACGUGCAGGCAAUAUGUGCCGACUACCCCAGUGACUACCUCAGAAGCGAAGGAGUUGACUUUGGCGACUCCUCAAGUAUUCACAAAGAUGAAAGAAUCAGAGCCCACGCGGACAUACACCCAGGAUGGGGUCUGCCUGACCGAGCUGGGCAUGUCACAGCUACAGAGCCUGAGUGUGGCCGCCCCUCGGAGGAAACGGCCCAAACCGAAGCUGAAGCUGAAGAUCAUAAACCAGAACAGCGUGGCUGUGCUGCAGGCCUCGGUAGAUCCCCAGUCAGAGCAGUCUCGAGACAUGGAGGGCGACGUGGAAGACAACAGAGAAACUGAUCUAAUGGACUGUGACACCAAGUCCGACAUACUUACCAGUCCCGAGCAGGAGCCCCCAGAUGAUGAAACUAAGGUUGUUGAGGGCUCUGACAUCCUGAAGAAGCGGAAACGGAAACCUUACAGACCUGGAAUUGGUGGGUUUAUGGUCCGCCAGAGGCAGAGUCGGACAGGACAGAAUAAAGCCAAGCGAUCGCUGUCCAGGAAGAGCUCCACCGGUUCCGUCUCAGAAACCAUAGGCAGCAAGGAGGAUGGUUGGAUUGAGCAGAUGCCAGAGCAUCCAGCUGACGAUUCGGCUACUGGUGCCGAGAUUGCCGAGAAGAUGAAGAAACGAUACAGGAAGAAGAAGAACAAACUGGAGGAGAUUUUCCCUGCAUACCUGCAGGAGGCUUUCUUUGGGAAAACCUUGCUGGACACGGGCCGACAGAGUAAACGGCGCAGUCUGGAAGCUCUCUCUGAUGAAGACUCAACUCAGCUGCUGAGCAGAGUGCAGAUGACAAGCAUAAGCUUCAUGAACCCUUCCUCUGAACCACUCUUGAGUUCGGCCACAGCGCAGCUUCCUGCCAAAGCAGCAGGAGGGCAAGGUGACCCGCUGGCUGACCUCUCCGAAGUGCUCACCACGGAGGUGGAUAUCCUGGGAAUGCUCUCUGACGAACUGGGGAAAACCGGAGAUGAUUCAGCUGGGCUGAAUAUUGGACACAUGUCAGAUGAUCCAUCCAGCACUUCGCAAUCGAGUGGAGGCCAGAGUUCAAGACCUUUGACCGAAGAGCAACUGGAUCGAAUCCUCAGCCCUGACCUGGAGAAGAUAGUCACAGAUGGAACAAUUCUAAGCAAGCUGUACAAAAUUCCAGAGCUGGAAGGGAAAGAAGUGGAAGAUCUCUUUACAGCUGUGCUGAGUCCUUCUGCGAACCAGAGAGCCCCACCACCUGACCAUGGAGAGGGUGGGUUUCCGAGGGUGGCAGCAAUGAAUGGCCUGAUGAGAGCAAACCAGCAGCAUCAGUCUCCUCUAACACCCGGGAGUGGGCCCUGCCUCAGCAACACUUACUCGCCCAUGCCUCCGUCACCAUUCCCUGAAAACAGCCGGGAGAAGAGCCACAGGUUCAGUCCAGUGAUCAGCGAGCCAGCUGGGCCCUGGAUUUCCUCGGCUCCUGCAGUUGAGGUGGAGGGGGACUCGCUGAACUACACCCAGCGCAGCACGCUGAAAUGGGAGAAGGAGGAAGCCCUGGGAGAGAUGGCGACGGUCGCUCCUGUUCUCUACACCAACACCAACUUCCCCAACCUGAAGGAGGACUUCCCCGAUUGGGCUACCAGGGUGAAGCAGAUCGCUAAAUUGUGGAGGAAGGCAAGCUCUCAGGAGAGAGCCCCGUAUGUGCAAAAAGCUAGAGACAAUCGCGCGGCUCUGCGUAUCAACAAGGUGCAGAUAACCAGUGAGUCUUUGAGGAGACAGCAACAGGAGUGCGUCGAUUCUGUCACCCGCCCAGACGCAGACUUGCCCUUUAAAGACCAGAUGAAGCAAAAGGAAUCUGAACAUGAGCAGGAAUGGAAGAUGCGGCAGCAAAUGCGUCAGAAGAGUAAGCAGCAAGCCAAGAUCGAGGCCACGCAAAAGCUGGAGCAGGUGAAGCAUGAACAGCAGCAACAACAGCAGCAACAGCAACAGUUUGGGGCCCAGGAACAGCUGGAGGGAGAGGACAGCCCGGAACACGGGUCUCCACUGCAAACCAAGGAAGUCUUUACUGUGAGGUCCCAGGUCCAGGGGGACGCUACGGACGAUGUCUUCCUCAGACCCCAGGCUCCGCCGCCGACCCCGACCAGGGCCUCGCUGCAGGACCCAUUCUCACAGUCUCAAACCCCACAGCCGCAGAUGUUUCCCCCCACAGUGAACCGUCCCUCAUCCCCCUGGGACCCGUAUGCUAAAAUGGUGGGGACCCCCAGACCACCUCCGCUGCAGACGGUCGCCCGGAGAAACUCGGCCCCCCCUCUGGAGUCCUGCACCUCCCCACAAGGUGGGGCCCGGCCCGGUGGGGGCAGCGAAGCCAGCGAGUCAUUUGGGUCUCUGUCACCCGGCUCCAGCGAUCCAUACGCCAAAGCUCCGGACACGCCUCGGCCCAUAAUGUGCGUGUCGCCCGCCGAUCACUUCCCUAAGGCCCUGGGGCUGCCUAGGGGGCUUGCGACCUCCGACCCCCAGGCAAGCAUGCUGGGAACUACGGGAGACCACUUUGUCAAGCCGGCUGCCAGGCCCGAAUCCUUCGCCCCCCGGCUCCAACCUCCACCAGGAAGAACACUGCCCCCCGACCCCUACGCCAGGCCAGGUGGCGAGGCCGGGGGUGGGCACUUAUUCAAGGCCCCAAUGCCUCCCCCUCAGGACCCAUACGGGCCCGUGUCACCGUCCCCCAGGCGUCUCCCCAUCGACCCCUACGAGAGGCAUCCUCUGACCCCCAGGCCUGCGGACUUUCCUGCUGCCUGUGGAUCCUUAUGCCCAGCCCCUGCACACCCUCGCCUGGGCACGGAGACGUUUCCCCACCCGCCCAGGGUCUCCCGGCCAAACCAGGUGGACAGCUUCCCUCAACCGGGGGCUGUGUCCAGGCAGAGGUCGCCUCACGACCCUUACUCCCAGCUGCCAGGGACCCCUCGGCCUGCCAUUGACCCCUACACCCAACAACCAGGAACUCCAAGACCCCAACCCCAGCAGAUAGAGCCGUAUUCUCAACAACCAUCUACUCCGAGACCCCCUCCACAGCAGAUUGACCCCUACGCCCAGCAGCCAGGAACUCCGAGACCCCAACCCCAGCAGAUUGACCCCUAUGCGCAACAACCAUCUACUCCGAGACCCCAACCCCAGCAGAUUGACCCCUACGCCCAGCAGCCAGGAACUCCAAGACCCCAACCCCAGCAGACAGAUCCCUACGCCCAGCAGCCAGGAACUCCGAGACCCCAACCCCAGCAGAUAGAUCCCUACGCCCAGCAGCCAGGAACUCCGAGACCCCAACACCAGCAGAUAGAUCCCUACGCCCAGCAGCCAGGAACUCCGAGACCCCAACACCAGCAGAUAGAUCCCUACGCCCAGCAGCCAGGAACUCCGAGACCCCAACCCCAGCAGAUAGAUCCCUACGCCCAGCAGCCAGGAACUCCGAGACCCCAACACCAGCAGAUAGAUCCCUACGUCCAGCAGCCAGGAACUCCGAGACCCCAACCCCAGCAGAUAGAUCCCUAUGCCCAGCAGCCAGGAACUCCAAGACCCCAACCCCAGCAGCUAGACCCGUAUUCUCAACAACCAUCUACUCCAAGACCCCAAUCUCAGCAGAUUGACCCGUACGCACAGCAGCCAGGAACUCCAAGACCCCCUCCACAGCAGAUUGACCCUUAUGCCCAUCAGCCGGGCACCCCUCGCCCCCAAGUUGGUGAGCGUUUUGCACAGUCCCCCGUUAGCCAGAGAUUUUCUGACCCAUACGCACAGGCUCCCCUGACCCCCAGGCCCACCAGGCCCGACCACUUCUCGCAGGCUCAGCGGCUGAUGAUGCCUGAGAGCUUUGGCCGGCCAAGGAUGAUGAGGCCUGUGUUGUUGGUCGGUCAGGACGCUUUCAUGCCAUCACUGCAUGCCAGCAGGGGCCCGGGCCUGCAAGACGCCUUCGCAAGACCUCGCACCCCACAAGGCUCCAGGCAAGAUGGCGGCCCGUUCUCACCACACGCCCCGGGACCUCGGCCAAUGGCCCACGACCCGUAUGCCCAACAGCCGGGGACCCCACGGCCUCCUCCGAGCGAGGGCUUCAGGCCAGCCAGGCUCCACCACGACAUGGGCAUCCUCCAGGGUACAGAACCCGCACAUUUUGGCAACUCGUCGGGAUCGCCGAUGAAUAACCCGCCAGCUCAGCAGUUCCCCGGUGUGCCGGCGGCAAUGGAUCCAGUCCCAAGCGAUCCGCAGAAUAACAGGCAGAGGUUGCGGGAGCUGAUUUUGAGGCAGCAGCAACAGAAGAACGCAAUCCGGCAGGAGAAAGGCCAGCAGGAGCAUGUCAUUGGGUCCAGCGUGACUCUGCUCCGCCACUGGCCCCAGGAGGAUUUAAACCGGCAAAACGAGCUGUUCGGCAGACCCCCACCCCCCUACCCCGGCAAUGUCCGUGUCCCUCUCAUUCCUCAACCAGGGCAGCGAUUUGCGGAUUCUUUUCAAAAUGUCCCCCGGGCCCGCUUCACCGCUGACCCUCAGUACAACAGAACCCAAUUCUCCGGAGAUAUCACAAGGAUUGUCAUGAGGCCCCAGGGACCAAGGUAUUCCUUUGCAGGAAGUGACCUGAGACCGAUGCUGAGUCAGGAGCACUAUCUGGGACCACAGCAGCAGAGGCAGGCUCACGGUGCCGGGAUUCCUCAGCAACUGAGGCGAUCGCUGUCCGUGGACUUGAGCAGGUCUCUAAGCGUCCAGCAGGUCAACAAUGGGUUGACCCUCCCUCAGCACUUUCCACCUCAGGGUGUGCAGAUGCAGCAGCACAACAUCCACGGGCAACCGUUCAUCGAGCUUCGUCACAGGACCCCGGAAAGCAGAGCCCGGCUUCCCUUUGCCCAAGUGGGACCCGGCCCAAGUGGGUUUGACCCAUCGAACCAGCACCCGAGACUUGGUGUCUUUAUGUCAGGGCAGGAGGGCUUCCCCCUAGUGCAGGGCCUGAGGCAGCUGGACUCUAUAUCUGUCCAACACGGCAUGCCCAACCACAUGGAAAUGCCUGGUAACUUGGUGCAGCAGAUGCAUGUCAACCAUCCAGGAAUGCCCCUCUCCCGCUCCCUUAGCAACCCACCCUCCAGCCAGACCUACUCUUCAAUGCUGGCGUUGGGAACUGGCAAUGCUUGCGCCCAAGAGAGUGAUGGCAUGGUCGAGAAACUGGACCCUGACGAUCCCUCAGUGAAAGAUCUGGAUGACAAGGAUCUGGAGGGGGUGAGGGAUCUAGAUGACGAGGAUCUGGAGAACCUGAACUUGGAUCCGGUGGAUGAGAAGGGCGACCCCGACCUGGACAAUCUGAACAUAGAAACCAAUGACCCUCACCUCGACGACCUGCUGAAGUCCGGAGAGUUCGACCUCAUUGCUUACACAGACCCUGAGCUCGAUCUGGCCGACAAGAAGGACAUGUUCAACGAAGAAUUGGAACUCAACGAUCCAAUGGAUGAUAAGCUGGAAGACGAGAGCAAGGUGGAAGCUGACCAGGCGAGAGUAGGUGAGACCGCCGGUGCCUUCACUCCCAAAGAGGAGGCUAUAGAGGCCACAAACGAGGGACCAGGUGAAAGUUGUCCCAAAGAUCCGACGGACACUGUAAAACUUGAACCCAGUGGAGCCGAUGACCGCAGUGGGGCUUCUUGCGUCGAAGGAGUGACCGAGUCCAAGAUGGCAGAUGUGCCGAAGGAGAGAGGCCCUGACUGUAAUUCCCGCGAGGACGGAGAUGUGGAGCAGGUGAAGGAGGACGAAAGGCUGGAUGGCAACCGAGGAUCCAGUGAAAUGAGCCCUGAUUCCCGGUCAUCUUCUCAAAUGGCCGUGUCCACUCCAGUGCUAUCAAGCUUGCUGACCGAGAAGCCAACUAACCUGGGGUUUGGGUCACUGGGCUCGCUAUUGCCUCAGUCAAACCCGAACCCCAACAUGCCGCUGUCCCCCAGCAUGGUGAUCUCUCAGGGGCAGACGGCGGAGAAUACAGCAAGUCACAACUUGCAGUUGGGGCAACGGCUAAUCCAUGGCUUCACUCAGGGCCCCUCUUUGAAUCAGAACUUCCUCCAAGAGCAGCAGGCAGCCAGCCAACCGGGCAAUACGGCGACUCCGCAGCAGAUGAUGCUCCCUCAAACCAUGGGUCCCCAGGGCCAGCGAGAGAGGCCCCUUCUUCUGGAAGAGCAGCCUCUUCUUCUGCAGGAUCUUCUGGAGCAGGAAAGGCAGGAGCAGCAGCAGCAGAGGCAGAUGCAAGCCAUGAUACGGCACCGCUCCACCGAUUCCUUCUUCCCCAACAUUGAUUUUGAUGCCAUCACAGAUCCCAUCAUGAAAGCAAAAAUGGUAGCGUUGAAGGGAAUCAACCGCGUUAUGGCCCAAAACAACCUGGGGAUGCCACCGAUAGUGAUGAACAGAUUUCCGUUCAUGGGACAGCAAAUCUCCGGCAACCCAAGCAAUGAUGGCGGACAGAAUCCCAUCAACCAAGGAGUUGGCUCGGAUGGAAGUUUACCCCCUCAGAUGUCUCGCCCAAAUCCUCCAACGUUUGGUCCUGGCUUUCUAAACGACGCCCAGAGGAAGCAGUACGAGGAGUGGCUGCAGGAGACUCAACAGCUCCUCCAGAUGCAGCAAAAGUUCCUGGAGGAGCAGAUCGGGGUUCACCGCAAAUCCAAGAAGGCUCUCUCAGCCAAGCAGCGAACUGCCAAGAAGGCUGGCCGUGAGUUCCCGGAGGAGGACGCUGAGCAACUCAAGAACGUGACCGAGCAGCAGAGCAUGGUGCAGAAACAGCUGGAACAGAUUCGGAAGCAGCAGAAGGAGCAUGGUGAGCUGAUGGAGCAAUAUCGCAUCAAACAACAGUGUCCAAUGCCCUCACCCACUCUGCUGUCCGCAGUGCCCCCCCAGGCCCUGCCCGUUCAGGGGGGGCCUCCAGCCUCGCAGCUUCAGCCCCCCAUCGCCGGCCAGCCCACCCCACCCAGGAUGCCUAAUGCGCCCCAGCCCCACCACCUCCCCAUGGCAAUCGCUCGGAUGCAGCCUCCGGGGGCAUCUCCAGCCUCCGUCCCGCCUCCCGCCAUGGCGAGCGGCCCUCCACCGCCCGCCCAGGGAGGGGGCACCACGCCCGGCCCCGCCCCUGGCCCCCAGCAGCAGCCGCCCCCGCGGGUGGAGUUCGAUGACAACAACCCAUUCAGCGAGAGCUUCCAGGAGCGGGAACGUCGAGACAGGCUGCGGGAGCAGCAGGAACGUCAGAGGAUCCAGUUGAUGCAGGAGGUGGAGCGACACAGAGCCUUGCAGAAGCGAAUGGAGAUGGAGCAACAGCAACAGCAGCAGCAAGGAAUGCUGGCAGACAUGAACAGAUCCACUUUGUGCCAAAUGCCCUACUACAACAACGACCUGCCCCACGACUUCCUACACUCCCCGAGACCCCAGGGGCAUGCGCCUGCAGGACCAGCCCCCCGCUUCCUGGGCUCCCCCCCGGCUUUCAUAUCGUGCGGGGAGCGGCGGCUCCAGGGGCAACCAGGGUUCGGCCCCGAAGCUCCUAUCCACCACCCUCCCCCCGCCCUCGGCUUCCUGCAGGCCCAGCCCAGGAUCCCCUUCCCCGCCGGGGGGGCCGGGCUGCCUCAGGGCAGGGGCGAGCCAGCACCAUUUGGCUCGGACACCACCGCGCACCUUCCCGGCCAGUCCCUCAUCCAGCUCUACUCCAACAUUAUCCCUGAGGAGAAGGGGAAAAAGAAGCGGAGUCGGAAGAAGAAGAGCGAGGGAGAGGAGGGGGAACCGGUCCACACGCCCUCCACCCCUCGCUCGGACCACACCGCCCCACCCACCCCCACACCCAGCUACUCGGACUCUGCCUCCAUCCCCUCCCUCGGAGAGCCAGGGGCGGAGCCAGACUACCGCGGCCCAGAGCAGCCCCCAACUGAGUUGGAGAGACAACUCUCAGCACAGACCCUGGGACCCCACACCAGCUCCAACCCUGACCCACCCCACGCCUGUCCUGGCGAAGUGAAGACAGAGCGGGCUGAUGAGGUCCAAUGCCAAGGGCAGCCCAAGGCGGAGUCAGCAAGCCCGGUGAAGGUAGAGGAGGAUAAUAAGGCUACCGUGCCCCCGUCCCCCACCGAGCAGAGCGCAGCCCCCCUGCCAGGAGCCAAGCAGGAGUUGGGAAACGAGCUCCUGAAACAUCUGCUGAAGAACAAAAAUCCUCCUCUCCUCCCCCACCAGAGGCCUGAGGACGGGCCCUACCUGGAGAGCAAGAUGGCAAGGAAGCUAACAGAGGGGCUGAUGCCUGUGGAUUGCAGAAUGCAAACUGCACCAUCUGGGUUUUCUUUCGAUGGGAAGGUGUGUCAGUUGCAGAAGAGGGAGCUUGAGGAGGAGACGAAGAGGCCCAAAACCAAACGGGGGCAGAAGAUGGGUGAGAAGGCUCUGCCCCGCUCCAAGAAACGCAAGAAAGCUGAGGAGGACAGGCAGGCGGUUUACCCCAACACCGAUGCUCUGAUGAACCAGCUAAAGCAGCAAUUGACUCUUCUCCCCCUGAUGGAGCCAACCAUCGGGGUGAACUUUGCCUAUUUCCCUCCGUAUGGCAGUGGGCAGCUCAAUGAUGAAAAUCAGCUGAUGGGAUCUUUUGGCAACGGUGCCCUGGACGGGGUCCCAGAUUACUAUUCCCAGCUCAUUUACAAGCAGAACAACCUGAGCAACCCUCCCACCCCACCCGCUUCCUUGCCCCCGACCCCGCCCCCAGUGGCCCGGCAGAAGAUGGUGAACGGCUUCGCCACCACCGAGGAGCUGACCAGUAAAGCAGGAGUCAUCGGACACCACGACGUAACGAAGGGACUCGGACCCAAACAGUACCAGCUGCCUUUCCGACCUGAGGACGAUUUGCUAGCAAGAGCUAUAGCUCAUGGACCCAAAACAGUAGACGUUCCAGCCUCCCUCCCAACUCCACCUCACAACAACCAGGAGGAAUUAAGAGGCCAGGAUCACUGUGACCAGGAUGACUGUGGUGACUCUUCGGACAGCUUUGUCGCUUCGUCAUCGCCGGAAAGCGUGGUGGGGUUGGAGGUCAGCAGAUAUCCUGACUUAUCCCUCGUGAAAGAAGAGCCACCGGACCCUGCCUCAUCCCCAGUCAUUCCUAUUCUGCCGAGCUCCGCUGGCAAAGGUUCUGAAGCCAGGCGGAAUGACAUGAAGCUGGAAGCCAUGUCAGGAAACACAGGGUCUAUGUUUUUUGGGAGUCAGUUUGGACAGUCUCAAAACGGGCCCAAGAUUGGCCUGGUGUCAGUAGCACUCACACUGACUCCUACAGCGGCUGAGGACAUAAAUGGAGUAGUAGCAGCCGUGGCUGACCUUCUUCGAGUCAAAGUUCCCAACAGUUACGAGGUCAGCAAUGCCAGUGAGCCACCAUCCAUGGCUUUGCUCAACACAUACAAGUACAACCAAGCUCCGGAGGGCAGACCUCCAUACAGCCCCCAUCCGGGGCUCACUGGACCCAUCCGGAUAGUGAGGUCGGCUGGACAGCAGGGACUCCCCUACGUGACGCUCCCCGGUGGCACCAUCUCAAUGAAGACAGAUCAUCGAGCAGUUGUGGACAGCUCUGCCAGCACUAAGCCCCAGUGGUGCCGUCAUUGUGACGUGGUGGUGCUCGGUAACGGUGUGCGGAAAACUGUUAUGGAUCUUCCGUGUCACAAACCGGAUUCAAGAGACAGGAUGUGGAAAGUGGAGGCUGAUAUUGUCUUCUGUAGUAACAGCUGUUUUCUGCAAUACUCGAUGGCCACGCAAGCCAGAACACCCGAGUCAAAGGAAGGGGCGCUUUUAGCAACCGAACAGCCUGUGAAGGAGAUGGUGAGAAACACCUUCCAUCACUACAACAACAACACCUCUGCCCUGGACGUCCACCGCCUCCCGAGGCUACAGGAGAACACAGCGUCAGCCACCACUCCAGCCCUCUGCUUCCCUCCCGCCUGCUCAGAGCUCCCCAAACAGGAGCCCAAGGCGGAGGACCUCAAGGUGACGGUCAAGCUAAAGCCCAGGCCUCGGUCUCUCCACGGCUCCCUGGACGAAACCCGGCCGGUGCUUAAAAGGUGGAAAGGGAUGAAGUGGAAAAAGUGGCGAGUUCAGAUAGUCAUCCCCAAAGGGCAUCUGAAGGUACCCUCGGAGCAGGAGAUCGAUGAGCUGCUGAAGAGACUGGGGACCUCUCUCAAGCCAGAACCCAUCCCUCGAGACUACAGGAGAUGCUGCUUCUGCCACGAAGAGGGCGAUGGCACGACCGACGGAGCCGCGAGGCUCUUGAACCUGGACCUGGACCUGUGGGUCCACCUGAACUGCGCGCUGUGGUCCACAGAGGUGUACGAGACGCAGGCUGGGGCCUUGAUCAACGUGGAGGUGGCCUUGCGGAGGGGCCUGUCCAUGAAGUGCGUCUUUUGUCACAAAAUGGGGGCCACCAGCACCUGUCACCGCAUCCGCUGCACCAAUGUCUAUCAUUUCACCUGUGCCGGCAAAGCCCAGUGCAUGUUCUUCAAGGACAAGACCAUGUUGUGUCCCCUCCACAAGCCCCGGGGGCCACACGAGCAGGAGCUCACCUACUUUGCCGUCUUUCGGAGGGUCUACGUCCAGAGGGAUGAGGUCAAACAGGUGGCCAGCAUCGUGCAGCGGGGCGAACGCAACCACACCUUCCGCGUGGGCAGUCUGAUCUUCCAUGCCAUCGGGCAGCUCCUGCCGCAGCAGAUGCAGGACUUCCACAGCAGAUUGGCGCUCUACCCAGUGGGCUAUGAGGCCAGCCGGCUGUACUGGAGCACCCGCUACUGCAACAAGCGCAGCCGCUACUUGUGCUCCAUCGAGGAGAGGGAUGGGCUCCCCGAGUUCCUGAUCCGCGUCAUCGAGCAGGGCCAUGAGGACCAGGUGCUCAAGGGCAGCUCUCCCAAAGCAGUGUGGGAGAAGCUUCUAGAACCGAUAGCCCGGCUCCGGAGAGAUGCUGACAUGCUGAAACUCUUCCCGGACUAUCUGAAAGGCGAUGACCUCUUUGGCCUGACUGUUUCUGCAGUCACCCGAAUAGCAGAAUCGUUACCUGGAGUCGAGAGCUGUGAAAACUACAUGUUUCGCUACGGCCGAAACCCACUAAUGGAGCUCCCACUAGCAAUAAACCCUUCCGGCUGUGCCCGAUCCGAACCCAAAAUGAGUAUCCAUGUCAAGAGGCCGCACACACUGAACAGCACCACCACAUCAAAGUCUUUUCAGAGCACUGUAACAGGAGAGCUGAAUGCACCUUAUAGCAAGCAGUUUGUUCAUUCCAAGUCCUCCCAGUACCGCAAAAUGAAGACUGAAUGGAAGAUUAACGUGUACCUGGCCCGUUCUCGCAUCCAGGGCCUUGGCUUGUAUGCUGCAAGAGACAUUGAGAAACAUACCAUGGUCAUUGAGUACAUUGGAACAAUCAUCCGCAAUGAAGUUGCUAACAGGAGAGAGAAACUGUAUGAAUCACAGAACCGUGGAGUAUACAUGUUUCGCAUUGACAACGAUCAUGUCAUUGAUGCAACAUUGACAGGAGGACCUGCCAGGUAUAUUAAUCAUUCCUGCGCACCGAACUGUGUGGCCGAGGUGGUAACGUUUGAGAAAGGGCACAAAAUAAUCAUCAGCUCUAACCGCAGGAUCCAGAAAGGAGAGGAGUUGUCCUAUGACUACAAAUUUGAUUUCGAAGACGACCAGCACAAGAUCCCAUGUCACUGUGGAGCUGUGAACUGCCGUAAAUGGAUGAACUAAAGCCAUCACCUUUGGGGUUGAUUGUCCUGGGGGAGAGAUGCUUUUUCAUUUUAAAAAAACGAAAGCCUGUAAACUCGCAGGUGAAAUCUCUUCGCCCCCAGUGGCAGUAGCAGAGCUCUGUAAACGAGCUUCAACUGAAGCCGGGGAAAUCAUCACAGGUCACUGGGCCUCCCAUUCAUGGGUUUGUUUGUUCAUAAUGCAGGUGGCAGCGGAUUACUGAUACCAGGGGGUCCAUCCUUUUAGCUGCUGAGGUCUGGAUGCCGGAUUUGAGAAACGUUCGCGGGCCACAUAAGCAAUAUUUUAUCCUGAUUGGCCAGGCCCGUUGUUGGGCAGAGCCUGAGCGCCCGGCGACUGUCUCUUGAUUGGCCAGUCCCGUUGUCGGGCAAAGCCUGAGCACCCGGUGACUGUCUCUUGAUUGGCCAGUCCCGUUGUCGGGCAGAGCCUGAGCACCCGGUGAUUGUCUCUUGAUUGUCAGACAAUGAGUUGGAAAUGGUUUGAGGGCUGGAUGAAAUCAUCCCUUGGGCCGGAUAAGGCCCGCGGGCCUGCAGUUGGACCACCCUGACUUACAUAUAAAUAUAUAUGGUCUAGCACUGGAGUUGCUGUCCUAUAUUGAUGAGCGAGAAAUGUUCUUUUUUAAAAACUAGGAAGAAGGAAAACAAUAUAUAAAAAACAAUGGCUGACCUGCGUCCCAAGUAGGGCAGACACUUAAUGAAUGUAGGACUGAAAUCGCCAGCUAGGGGGAAAGAUCGACAGUGCUGGUCACAGCCUUACUUGUAAGGGGCAGGCCCUCUGGCACGUUUAAAAG